UUGGCCGUUCGGGCGGAGACUGCCAGUGACACGACACAUCACGUGUUCCCACCUACCGGAGGAGAAGGAGAAGUAGUAUUGGUGUCGGGCGGGGGACGCACUUCCGGUCUAGCCAGUGACUGAGAGCUCGGCGGCUCCGGCGGAGGCACCGACAUGGACAGCCAAGGCAGGAAGGUGGUGGUGUGCGACAACGGGACGGGGUUUGUGAAAUGUGGCUAUGCAGGAUCCAAUUUCCCAGAGCACAUCUUCCCAGCCCUGGUCGGACGGCCUGUCAUUCGCUCCACAGCAAAAGUGGGAAACAUUGAAAUCAAGAAUAAGAAAAAGAUGGACCUCAUGGUUGGUGAUGAAGCCAGCGAGCUCCGUUCAAUGCUAGAAGUAAACUACCCCAUGGAAAAUGGUAUUGUGCGGAACUGGGAUGACAUGAAGCACUUGUGGGACUACACAUUCGGGCCUGAGAAAUUGAACAUAGACACCAAAGACUGUAAAAUCCUCCUCACAGAGCCACCGAUGAACCCAACCAAAAACCGUGAGAAGAUUGUCGAGGUUAUGUUUGAGACCUACCAAUUUUCAGGGGUUUAUGUUGCUAUCCAGGCAGUCCUUACAUUGUAUGCACAAGGUCUCCUGACCGGAGUGGUGGUAGACUCUGGAGAUGGGGUCACUCAUAUCUGCCCAGUUUACGAAGGUUUCUCUCUGCCUCAUCUUACUAGGAGACUUGACAUUGCGGGCAGGGACAUCACCCGCUACCUUAUCAAGUUGCUUUUGUUGCGUGGCUACGCCUUCAAUCACUCCGCAGAUUUUGAGACUGUGCGUAUGAUGAAGGAGAAGCUCUGCUAUGUUGGUUACAAUAUAGAACAAGAGCAGAAGCUGGCAUUAGAGACCACAGUGCUGGUGGAAUCCUACACACUUCCAGAUGGCAGGGUUAUUAAAGUAGGUGGAGAGCGCUUUGAAGCACCAGAAGCUCUGUUCCAGCCUCAUCUUAUCAACGUAGAAGGCGUUGGCGUUGCUGAGUUGCUGUUCAACACCAUCCAUGCAGCUGACAUUGAUACUCGGGCAGAGUUCUAUAAGCACAUUGUCCUGUCUGGAGGCUCCACAAUGUAUCCAGGUCUUCCAUCUCGCCUGGAGAGAGAACUUAAACAACUGUACUUAGAGCGAGUCCUAAAAGGAGACGUUGAAAAACUAUCGAAAUUCAAGAUCCGCAUAGAGGAUCCUCCUCGUCGUAAGCACAUGGUAUUCUUAGGGGGAGCUGUUUUAGCAGACAUCAUGAAAGACAAAGACAACUUCUGGAUGACCCGGCAGGAGUACCAGGAGAAGGGUGUGCGUGUGUUGGAGAAGCUCGGUGUGACUGUCCGAUAAACUCCACUGCCAGUUCCCAUUGCUUCUCUAAAGCUUUCCUUAUUUCCUCUAUUGCCAAUCUCUGAACUCAUUCAGCUACAUGACUCGGGAAGGCCUGUCUGUGCCCUUCUGGGCCAGAUUUUUUUAUUUUUUUUUUAAUUUUGUCCCGAUUUCCUGGGGGGGGUGGAGCUUUGUUCAAUGUUUAACGUGGUUAAAUUUGACUUUCAUUCGCCCAUUUUCUUUACAAAGCUUCAGCUAAAGAACUAUCUGCUCCAUUCUCUGUUGCACAGUAGGCUUUUUCACAUAGUAUGCUGCUUGAAGGCUGCUGGCUUUAUCUUCUGCUGUCUCUCUCUGGGUGGUUUGGCCUCCUUUCCAUAAAACAGAUUCUUCAAAUAGAAGUACAUCCUGCGGAAGGGUAUCUUUGAAGUCCGAGCUGCAGCCCCCCCACUGACUUCCCAUCUCUGCAACAUAAUAAAAGUUGUUUUUUUUUUUUUCUUGACAUUUCUUCCAACUCCACUGAAAAUCCUCAUUUGCCAAUCCACUUGCAUCAUUUGUUUUGUUUUUAUCUUUUUAUUUUUAAGUUUGGAUAUGUUGAUGGUACAUUUCCAUGCGUUGUAGUGUAUAUUGGAUAAAGGCCCCCCCUUUUUCCUCCUUUUACACUGUGGCCUAAGAAAAAGCACUUGUCCAGGCGAUAAGGUCAGCUGCCAGUUUAUUCCCAGAAACAACAAAGAGAUUUAAAAGUUAAGAACAUGUAUGUGAUAAUUUGAUAAUUUCUAAAUAUAGAGAAUUGUAUCUGUAAAGAUAAAAA